UUGAACUUGAGAAAGAAUUUACAACAAAAUGAAAAUAUUGAUUAGAUAAAAUAUUAGAUAUUUACAACGUUUUCUUCUUGCCAACGUGUUCUGUGAUUGGUGUUCCGAUAUCUAUAUAAAUUUCUCUUUAAUGGAUUUUCUGUACUGAAAAUAUUAAGAAGAUAAAGUUUUAUCUGAUAGUCAAAGUACGGACGGCAAUACCGGGCCUACCGGUUGCCUCAGGUUGCCUUAGGUUGCCUUAAUGUUUCACAUGCACAUAGCCUCUAUUAAAAAUUAUGGUUUAUUCUCAUCUAUAUUAUUUAAACAUAUGACAUAAUUCUUCUCGUAUCUUAUUACUAGUCACCAACUGACACCUCCUGACAAUCGCAUGUUUACCAUAUUUUUAAAUGAAAAUAAACUGUUAUUGAACGAUUAUUUUGUAAACCUUUGUUAAAUAUUAAACAUUAUUAAUCAUGAAGAAAGCAAAAACGGAACUGUAUGUAGAAGUAAACGUGCCAGAAAAAGAAUUAAAAAGUUUUAUACAAAAGGCAAAGGAUUGGGCACUUAUAAAUGGUAUAAGUAUGAGGUCGAAAGAUCCAUACAGUCCAAAUACGCUGAAGAUUGCUCCAUUUUUACUCUUGCCAUCAACGUUUCCGAAGAAGGAAUUUGUAAAAGCGACGGAGGUACAAAUAACAUUAAAUGAACUAAUGCACAAAGUGGCUCAUGAUCAUCAAUUCUUAACAGAAGUUUUAAAAAGUACAAUUGAGGUAGAUGGUUUCACAGAAAAGCUUUUUAGAAUCUACGAGGCAGUAUACGCGGAAGGUUUUAAUCAGAAAAUCAGCCUCGGUUUAUUUCGAUCAGAUUACAUGCUUCACGGUGACGAUGAUCAUAAAAUUCUACAAGUAGAAUUCAAUACUAUCGCUUCGAGUUUUGCUGCUUUGGCUUGUAAGAUUACAGAAUUUCACAAAUACGUUUUGAAAGAUUUGGGAUAUUCCGAUAAAUUAAAAAAUAUUCCAGAAAAUAAUGCUAUGUCAGGAUUUUGUAGAGGAUUAGUGUGCGCGUGGACUUUAUAUGGGAAUGAUGAAGCCAAGAUGUUGUUUGUCGUUGAGGGUAUUACAUACAAUAUAUGCGAUCAGAGAUUUCUCGAAUUUGGAGUUCAGAAAUUGAAUCCAAGUAUUAAAAUUAUCCGAAGGAGCUUAGGUGAAUUGGUCACGCAAGCCAAAUUGGGACCUAAUAACGAAUUAAUUGUCGAUGAUAGUAUUAUGUCUGUAGUAUACUUUCGUUCUGGUUAUGAGGUGGAAGCUUAUCCUACGGAAAAGGAGUGGGCAGUAAGAUUAAUGGUAGAGCGUUCUCUUGCCAUUAAAUGUCCCUCGAUUCAUUACCAUUUAGCAGGUGCAAAAAAGGUACAACAGGCAUUAGCACUUCCGGGAGUCGUAGAUCGGUUUCUGAAGGAUCCUAAUCUGGUGUCAAAAGUAACUGAUGUGUUUACUGGCCUUUAUGGUCUAGACUUGGAUGAGAAGGGUGAUAAAGCAGUAGCUAUGGCUAUUGAGACACCAAGAAAAUUUGUUUUAAAGCCUCAAAGAGAGGGAGGUGGGAAUAAUUUUUAUGAUGAUGACGUGAGGAUACAGUUAGAAAAAAUGAAAGAUUCGAAGGAAAGGACGGGUUGGAUUCUCAUGGACCGAAUUUGUCCACCGCCUCUGAAGAAUAUCUUGAUACGGGCUGAUAGUGAAGAAUGUGUUGAAGCCCAAGAUGUUAUAACCGAACUUGGUAUUUACGGAGUAAUUGUGGGGAGUGAGAACGAGAUCAAAGUUAACGAACAGGUUGGUCACCUUUUGCGGACGAAAUUGUCUUCUUCCAACGAGGGAGGAAUAGUAUCUGGUGCUGGACAUAUUGACAGUCCUUAUCUUUUAGUUUAAGUUAUUUGAUCAACAGGCUUGAGCAUCACGUCGACUUUUAAUUUGAUAUUCUCUAUUAGUGUGAUUUCGUCUUUUAUCAAAACGUAUUUCCGAAGAAUUGUGGCAAUAAGAACCUUCAUGGCCAUCAUAGCGUAUUUAAAACCUAGAAAGAAAAACAAUAUUUUUACUACAUGAAUUGUAAACUAUUUAUUAAAUUGAUUAAUUACAACAUUAAUUUGACAAA